AUGGAAGGUUACGACCCGUUAGCGAUGCCUUAUGGCAACAGUCCCAUGCCGUUCCCGGCAGGUGGGAUGCAAAAUCUAGACUACAUGAGUGUGCCAUCUGCGAUGGAUCCCAUGCAAGAUCAAUACUCGAACUUCGACUCGGAGCCGUAUAUGAGUGAUGAUAUGGGGUUUGGGCCCUCCUCAAGUCUUCAGCCGUCGCAAAUGAUGAAGCAGCGUUUCAACAGCUUCGAAGAUCCGUUCGCAGACGGCACGUUAUCGCAAUUUGAACCCACGGCAGGAGAAGAAGGAGCUGGCAUCGAUCGUGACAGCAAGUACCUCAGCUUUUCAAUGCCACAAUACCAUUUCACACUGCUGGACGAUUCGUUUCGAAGGUCGUCUAUCAACAUCAACGCGCAAUUGCAUGGCAUGUUCUUCCUCGCCGAGUCACAAUGGCCUGCCACUCCAGAUGCGCCCCCGCCUCCACCAGAGCUGACUUGCUACCGGAGAAAUUUAUUCCAAAUAACUGGAUCAAUUACUCUCCCACGAAAUCUGCGGUACGUCUUCACGGAUGACGGAUCUCGGAUACCCAUAUACGAGCUCGAACUCGUGGUGUCGGCCACUGAGUCCGUCGAGGGCAAUCAGGUGAAGAUAAUCUCGGUUCCAUGGAAGACUCCGACCGGCGGUGAGACUUCGAAACCCGAGGAUAAAGUCGAGCGAGAGCCUCCUGGAAUUCCCCUUGAUAAAAUGACCGGUCAAGAUCUCGAUACUGAUUUCACGACCUUCCCUAUCGGAUGGAAACGGUUGCAGUUCCGUAUAGCGACUGCGAAUAAUGGGAGGAGAAAGGAACUGCAGCAGCACUUUGUUUUGCAUCUGAAGAUUAUGGCAUCAUUAUCGACUGGCGGCAAAAUACCAAUCGCCGAGUCCCACUCUGGCGCCAUCAUCGUUCGAGGCAGAAGCCCUCGCAAUUUUGCUGCACGCAAAGACCUGCCUUUGAGUAGCAGUUCCACAUCUCGGAAACAUAUUACUUCUGGGCCACGAAACUCGUCUACAUCAGUUCCGCCAGGCACGUCGGCCUCCAAGGUUAAAGCACCACCCGAAGAAGUACCACAGAUGGCGUUGAAUUUCACAACGGCCAUGAAUCCGCCUGGAAUACCAUCAUCGCUGAGUCCCGACGGAACGACGCCGAACCCCUAUGCCUUCACCUUCACCGCCGGCAUGGGAUCGAAUGGGCCGGAAAGCUUGCAUUUCAGCAGUGACGACGAAGGGGGCAGCCCAUACGUACAGCAGCCACAACCACAAUCGCGGUCAAGACAGUCCUCUGCCAAGCCACCCACCUCAAACCCGCUACCGUCUCCUGAUAUCCUGCAUUCCGUCAAGCCAAGAGCUCACACUCUGGCGAACGUGAGCCCAACGAGUGUUCCACCCGAGAUGCCUACGCAGCGACCUCGACUUCAUUCACACCAUACAUCUAUGACGGUGGCAUCGGUCUCGUCCAAUCCUCAUCGACCGGACUUACUGCACCGGAAAUCAGGUCCAUUACCUAGUCCCGGCGGCGAGAGCGUCGAUCAGCUUUACGAGUAUUUCCCGCUUCCCUUGGACGACUGGCAGCCGAGUGUCGACGCGGUUUUCAGGCCUCAUGUUGUUCAUCAUGAGCUCCCAUAUCCACCUGAUUCUCGUUCUCCCGUGCAAGGUCGUGGCAGCACCAGCAAGCGAUACUUUUCAGAAGUUGCAUAG